GGGAAUCAGAGCGUCCAGGAGGAGCCUCGGUCGGAGGGAGUUUCAUUAAAGCUCCUGUUCCUGCCUCAUCUCCAGCCAGCAGCCCAGAUGGACGGCGAUGUCCUCGUGAUAAUCUCAAGGCGGCAGAAAGAGUCCUGCCAGGCGCCAUUGAAAACAUUUGCAGACGCCGCAGCUGCGCCCUGCGUUUGCUUCCAGGCCCCACCCCCGGCACUGCAGGGCUAGGGGAUUCCAGCCUGGAGGACCCUCUUCCCAGGGCAGCCUGACCUUAGAUGCCCAUGUCAGCAAAAGUUGAGAAAAGGUGGGAGGAAUUAGGUGGUGCUUGGAGACAGAAGCAGGCUUCCUGCCCGAUGUAUGACCCUGACUGUCUUCCUCCUGUAUGUGGGCGCCUUUCCCUUGGCAGUGGCAGCUGGAGCCCCCGUAAGGAGGGUGAGGCCCAGCAGGGCUGCUCGGCUCCAGCCCUCAGACUCCUGCUCCUGGGGAAACGUGGCUCCGGCAAAAGCGCCACGGGAAACACGAUUCUGGGCAGAGCUGUGUUUGUGUCCAAAUUCAGCGAGCAGAUGGUGACUAGGAAGUGCCAGAGAGAGAGUGGGGCCAGGAGAGGGAGGGAGAUCAUGGUCAUCGACACCCCUGACCUCUUCUCCUCCAUGGCCAGUGCCAGCGACACUCAGCGCAACAUUGACCUCUGCAGGGAGCUCUCGGCUCCCAGCCUCCACGUCCUGCUUCUGGUCAUUGCAAUCGGCUUCUACAAGGUGGAAGACAAACAAACGAGCAUGGGCAUCCAGGAGGUGUUUGGAGCGGAAGCCAGGAGGCACACCAUUAUCGUCUUUACUCGGAAGGAUGAGUUGGGGGAUGACUCGCUGCAAGAUUACUUUGAGAACAAUGAGUCCCUUAGAGAGUUGGUUCACAACUACGGGGGCCAAUACUGUGCUUUCAACAACAAGGCGAGUGUCCGUGAGCAGGACACCCAGGUGGAGGAGCUCCUCGCAAAAGUCCAGCAUCUGGUGGAUGAGAACGGAGGACCGUAUUGGGUGAACUUCAGAAACAAAGGCGGUGGGUUCCAGGAUUGUGUGAACGAAGCUACGUCUCUGAAGGAAGACGACCCACAUGGAAUUCACAGUACAAUGGCUGCCCAAUUCUGGGGGACGAGUUCCAAGCCCAGCGAGCCCAGCACCAGCCACGUCCCAGGGCUUGGAAACCAGUACCCCAGAGAUUCACAACUGAGACUUGUCUUAGUGGGUAAGACUGGAGCCGGGAAAAGCUCCACAGGGAACAGUAUCCUCAGAAAGAAAGUGUUUCGCUCUGGCAUCUCCUCAAAAUCCAUCACCAGGACCUGCGAGAAAGGGAGCUGCCCGUGGAACGGGAAGGAGGUCGUGGUGGUGGAUACGCCCGGCGUGUUCGACACCGAGGUGCCGGAUGCUGACACGCACACGGAGAUCGCUCGCUGCGUGCUGCUGACCUCCCCGGGGCCCCACGCUCUGGUCCUCGUGGUCCCGCUGGGCCGCUACACGCCGGAAGAGCACAAGGCCACCCAGAAGAUUCUGCAGAUGUUCGGAGGCGGAGCUCGGAGGCACAUGAUUCUCUUAUUCACCCGGAAGGAUGAGUUGGGGGGCUCUAGUUUCUAUGAUUACUUGAAGGAAGCGCCGCAGACCAUUCGAGAGCUGAUGGGCCAGUUCCAGGAUCACUACUGCCUGUUCAACAACAGGGCCCUGGGCGACGAGCAGGCGGCGCAGCGGGCGCAGAUGCUACAGCUGGUGGAGCGCGUGGUGCGGGAGAACCGCGGGCUCUGCUACACCAGCCCGCCGUUCCAGAGGGCCGAGGAGGAGAUCCAGAAGCAGAUCCGGGAGCUGCAGGAGCAUUACAGGGCAGAGCUGGAGAGGCAGAAAGUGCAGAUCAAACUGGAGUACGAGGAGAGAAUCCGCAGCCUGGAGGACGAGCUGGAGCAGCAGAGGCGGCGGGCGCAGAUGGAGGGGGAGCUGGCAGAGAGGGAGACGGCCUGCGCGCUGCGGCAGCGCGCCGCCAGGGCCCAGGUGGAGAGCGAACCCAGGGUCCUGGACGUCAUCCUGAGAGCGCUGGAUAUACUUUCCACCAAGAUCAUUUCCCAUGUUCUGUCGCGUCUGUUUCCGUAAGGGUGAACUUAAUGAAAACCCGUCCGAGGUUCCCGCAUAUUCUUGGGGGCUCUGCCCCCACGUAAUCACGCAGAGCGCGCUGGUUUCUGCCCCUCAGGCUCUCGGGACUGGGGAGUGGACUCCAGUUCAAUGUUGCUAAUUGGUAGAUGGUUGAUUAAUUUAACAGGUGACAGACUAAUUCCCAAUUUGUGAAACUAAAAAGCAGAAAAUACCGAUGCCCCUUACGUUAUGAUUUUUCCCCAGAGACACAGAGAAGAGAAAUGCAAGGCUUCAAACUUUCUCCAUUUAUCCCGAGUAAAAGUUCCUCCUCUAGAUUCUUUAUAGACUGGCAGAUAUUCUCCCCGCUGUGGCUUCUACUCACUUACUGCCUUUAGAACCAUAGUGAUCAUUUGCCCGUAUGGUUUGUUAGAUCAGUUCUUGGCACUGUCAGUGAAGAUGCUUAUAAAAGUCUUUCUUGCAUAAAUUUGUUUGAUUACAUUUUAACAGAAGCAUUCAAAUGAUUUCUUGUCAUCUGCCCAUGAAGAAGAAAGAAUUGUCUGGAAAAACAGAUCUUACUUAACUAAGUGAAAUGCCAGAAGGAGCAAAAGACAGAGAUUCAACAGAUAAGAAUACAAUGUUUGGUGUAUUCUGAGGUAUCUGUAGAAACUCUUCGACCAACCUCAGUGUAACCAGUUCUCUGGUUUUCUUGUGAAACUGGCUGUUGCCUCCCUACCUCCAUCACCCCGCACCUUGAUUGCUCACUGCUUGGCCAGUCAACCACAUGCUGCUCCCCCAGCCCAGUUGAAUUUGUUUGCUUAUUGUUACUAUAAUAAAACUUUUCUAUUCCCUCCUAUUUGUGCAAAACUGGAUUUUAAAAAAAAUACCACUACUACUUCUAAGAACACAGGGAUGAAUUUCCUUUUUGGUAAAAGUUCAAAAUGAUUUUGGACGAGUCUUGGUUUACCCUCAAGACAUCUCUCUUUCUCCUUUUCCCUGGAAGAUUUGAGGCAUGUUUUCAACCCUUCUGCCAGUCGGGGACCACAUUCUUCUUGGAUUAAUUCAUUAUGGACUGAUAGAAAUUCCAUAUAACCAAGGUUUCUGAGACCUUUCUGGUUUUCCUGGUGCAGAAAUUCCCUUUAAUAUAUGGGUAACAAUAGUUGAAGUCCUUAUCCCCUGCUGUGCUUUUCUACUGGGUACUUUGCACCUAAUAAUUUCUAGGGUUUCUCAAAGUACAUUUCCAUGUUCUGCCAACAUAUAUGAUAGUCAUACGUGAUUUAUGCCAACUCUCCUUAUUCUACCAUCUUGGAAACUGGCUUCUCCAUUCCCCAAGCCAUUUUCUCCAAAUAGGACAACAAUUUCCCCCAAACAUAAAUGAAUUAGGAUGGUAUAUUUAAUAAAAGUUAGACUGUAGACUUAAUAGCAAAGGCUCAAGGAGAAGAGAAGGACCACACAAAGAAGUUCACAAUUCCUUCAGAAAUAGUCACUCAGAGUGAGACAGAUUUGGUUUCACUCUGCCAAAUUUAGGCUUACUUUGGGGUCUAUUGUUUUCAUCGGACUUGUAGUCAAAAUUCAGAGAUACAAAUUUAACAUUCUAUUGUACUGUCACCUUCUGUAAGCAAAUAUUUAACCAAAGAGGCACAUAUACCUCCUAAGAAAAGUAAAUACAGGUUUAAUCUGAAAAGAAGUCUUUAAUGUGAUCAUUCUUCUCUGUGUAAAUGCAUUCAAUUAUUCUUACCCUUGCAUUCAGGUUAAUGCUGCAAAGGAAAAGGUUCUGUUUCUAAGAAGCAGUGAGGAGAUUAGAAGCCCAUGUGAAAUGCCCCAAGAGCAGUGUUACCCAUUUGUUUCCAGGGCAGAAAGCAGACAGAAGGUCCUUGAUAAAUACUAUACAUUGUGAUUAAUGCAAUAAGAGAACAAGGCAUGUGGCAUGUUCCCUUCUCUCAAGAGCUUAGCAUAGUAAUUUGGAGAUUCAUCCAAGCCAUGUAAAUAGCUUGUUUUUUUAUUGCUGAGUAGUAUUCCACCUUAUGGAUGUACCACAGUUAGUUGAUAAUUUC